CAGCUCCGGUGCCCUGUUUUCUCUCCCAGUGACAGCAGCGGAGGCGGAAGCGAGAGAGAGAGAGAGAGAGGAAUAAAUAAAUAUAUAUAUAUACGCUGUAUUCGAACCGGUCAGGUUAGGUUGUGCUGAGGUGUCCGUCAUGGCGUAGCAGAGCCGGGGGUCGCGGCACGGUCAACCACUCCCCGUGGUGGGGCAGCGCUUUCCCCCUUCAGGUUGAGGUAAAUGUACUAGCAUACAUUCAUAACAAUGGAGUCCAUGCUAAACAAAUUGAAGAGCACGGUUACGAAAGUGACUGCAGAUGUCACUAGUGCAGUCAUGGGAAAUCCAGUUACCAGGGAAUUUGAUGUUGGACGGCAUAUUGCUAGCGGUGGCAAUGGGCUUGCUUGGAAGAUUUUUAAUGGCACUAAAAAAUCAACAAAACAGGAAGUGGCGGUUUUUGUUUUUGAUAAAAAGCUGAUAGACAAAUAUCAGAAAUUUGAGAAGGAUCAAAUCAUUGAUUCCUUAAAACGAGGAGUUCAGCAGCUAACAAGGCUGCGACAUCCUCGGCUGCUGACUGUGCAACAUCCAUUGGAAGAAUCUAGGGAUUGUUUGGCAUUUUGUACGGAACCAGUUUGCGCAAGUUUGGCUAACAUACUUGGCAGCUGGGACAAUCUUCCCUCACCUUUACCAUCUGACAUCAAAGAAUACAAACUUUUUGAUGUAGAAAUGAAAUAUGGCUUGCUUCAGGUUUCUGAAGGCUUGUCAUUUCUACAUAGCAGUGUGAAAAUGGUCCAUGGCAACCUUACUCCUGAAAAUAUAAUUUUGAAUAAAAGUGGAGCAUGGAAAAUUACUGGAUUUGACUUCAGCAUCUCAUCUAUAAAUCCAUCUGAGCAAGAGCCAAAGUUCUCUUGUAAAGAAUGGGACCCAAAUUUACCAUCUUUGUGUCUUCCAAAUCCUGAGUAUUUGGCCCCUGAAUACAUCCUCUCAGUGAGCUGCGAGACAGCCAGUGACAUGUAUUCCCUAGGAGCAAUUAUGUAUGCUGUGUUUAAUAAUGGAAAACCUAUUUUUGAGGUCAACAAACAGGAUAUUUAUAAAAGUUUCAGCAGACAGCUGGAUCAGCUUAGUCGUUUGGGCGCCAAUAACCUUCAAGACAUUCCAGAAGAAGUCCGUGAGCAUGUAAAACUACUGUUAAACGUAGCUCCUGCAGUCAGACCAGAUGCAGACCAAAUGACUAAGAUACCAUUCUUUGAUGAUGUUGGGGCGAUGACACUACAGUACUUCGAUUCAUUAUUCCAAAGGGAUAAUCUUCAAAAGUCACAGUUUUUUAAAGGGCUGCCAAAAGUUCUACCAAAAUUGCCUAAGCGUGUUAUAGUGCAGAGGAUUUUGCCUGCCUUGACAUCUGAAUUUGUGAACCCAGACAUGGUCCCUUUUGUUCUGCCUAAUGUUCUGCUCAUUGCAGAGGAAUGUUCCAAAGAAGAGUAUAUAAAGUUAAUUCUACCUGAUCUCAACCCUGUCUUUAAACAGCAGGAACCAAUUCAGAUUCUGUUGAUAUUUCUUCAAAAAAUGGACUUGCUGCUAACCAAAACACCUCCCGAAGAAAUAAAGAACAGUGUUCUACCAAUGGUUUAUCGAGCAUUAGAAGCACCUUCAAUUCAGAUUCAGGAACUCUGCUUAAACAUAAUUCCUACGUUUGCCAACCUUAUAGACUAUCCAUCAAUGAAAAAUUCACUGAUACCAAGAAUUAAAAAUGCCUGUUUACAAACAUCAUCUCUUGCUGUACGUGUAAAUUCCUUAGUCUGUUUGGGAAAGAUUUUGGAAUACUUGGAUAAGUGGUUCGUUCUUGAUGAUAUUCUGCCUUUUUUGCAACAAAUUCCUUCCAAGGAACCCGCAGUCCUUAUGGGAAUUCUAGGUAUCUACAAAUGUACGUUUAGUCAUAAGAAACUGGGAAUUACAAAAGAGCAACUUGCAGGAAAGGUUCUGCCCCAUCUGAUUCCUCUCAGCAUUGAGAACAAUCUUAAUCUAAAUCAGUUUAAUUCCUUUAUUUCAGUCAUAAAAGAGAUGUUAUGUAAAUUGGAAGCUGAGCAUAAGACCAAACUUGAACAGAUCCAUGUUAUGCAAGAACAGCAAAAAUCUUUCGAUAUAACUAAUCCAAUGAGCCCACCUGAAGAAACAAAAGCCAGUAAUACAGGCAAUCAGAUUGACAAGGUGUUUAGCAGCCUAGGAACAGAUAUCUUAGCUAGUGGACCUGAUUGUAAAGAGAAUGGAAUGUUGACAAAUAAGAGAAAGGGAUCGCUUACACUUGAAGAGAAGCAAAAGUUAGCAAAAGAGCAAGAACAAGCACAAAAAUUGAAAAACCAACAGCCCCUUAAACCUCAGCCUCACACAGUUACUGCCCCAGUCAAACAGACCAAGGACUUGACUGACACUUUGAGAGAAAGCAUGGCAUCAUUGACCAGCCAGUCCAUCAACAAACCUAAAGUUCCCUCCUCAAAUAGCUUUUCUUCAGUUGGUAUUGGAAUGGGGUUUCCAUCCCCUGUUGAGAGCGCUAAGAGAAAUGGACUAAAUGCUAAUAUGGGAUUUCAGCCAUCUGGAUUUGGGAUGGGAAUUGGUACUACAAGCCAGAAUUACUUCAGUACUGCUGGUGUCACAGGAAUUGCCAACAUGAAUAUGAUGCCAGCAGCAAACAUGGCACCUUAUAGUCCUAUGAACACUACAGCUGCAGUUUCACAACCAGCACAACAAAGCAGACCACCAGAUAUGUCAGCUUUAGAUAGCCUAUUUAAGGCUCAAAAACCUAAAGUUAGUAUGAAUCAGUUGUCGCAACAAAAAACAAACCCAUGGCUUAAUCAGUUUGCACCUCCUCAGGGUACCAACAGUACUGCUUUAGGAACGCAGGUGAAUGCGAUGGGACAAUCUGGCUUUGGCUUGCAGGGAAAUCCUUUCUUUAGUCCUCAAAACUUCACACAACCAACAAACAGCAUGACAAGCAGCAGCUCAGCUAGUAAUGACUUAAAAGACCUCUUUGGGUAAUAGCUCUGAUUGUGAACGAGUUAAUGUAUCCUAAAUACCUGAUUUGAAGAAACAUCAUCUAGCAAAAUGGACAAGAGAAAAGCUAUUUCCAGGAUGUGACUUAGUAAUACACUUUCAUUUGCCUGUGCAUUUAAUUUUCUUAGGCACAAAGUGAUCUCUCUUGCCCCUAAUUUCAAAGUUUUGAGGUCAGGGUGUGUCAAUCCAGGUGCCCAGAGUUAGAAAAAAAAUUAAAACCGCAUACCUCACAACUUCAGAAAUGUGUCUUAUGACCACCAUGUAAUUUUACAAAUAAACAUCUUAACCAAUAAAAAUUAGCAGUAGGUUGUAAUUGCUGAUAAGCUGUUGGAAGACUUCAAACCCUGGACUCUUGUUGAUCCUGUAUGGCCUGAAUUUGAUAUGAUACUGAGUUCUAAAUACAUCUUGGUAUAAUGUAAUACCUUAUAGUAGGGUGCAUACAUUAGUCUGGAACUUGCUAUAAACAUACAAGAUUGAACAUGAAGGCACUAGAUUGCUACUUACAAUCUUCCCAACAAAAAAUAAGGUAUGUAGGAGUGAUAUUUUCCCAGUUGAGAUGUGCUCCUUAUCACUGAAAAAUGCUGCUUAGGUAACCAUGCUACAUAACCUGCCUCCAGUUGAUUAUGCCAAAAUUUCAGUCCCUACCAUAGAAGCCGCUAUGCUGGCAUGGUGAUAUUAAAGUCAGGUCUUUAAAAAAGUAAGUACAUAAUCAUGCUUAUGUCUACACUGAAAAUCUAGGCACUAAAGGAAUACAAGUCCAAAUUAAUCUGUUUUGGAUCAUCCUAGAAGCAAAUGUGAUGACCUUAGAAUUUAGUUUGAUCACAUUGAAAUUUGGCUUGCUAGUAGGAAAAGACCUUCAAUUCGUACUCCAAGUUUCUGGCUACUUCUAAGACGCAAGUAAGAGGUUGCCAUCGCUCCAAUACAUACUUCUUUUGAAUUUAAAUUUGAUCGCAUUCAAGAGACCUCAGUGAAAUGUUUUAGUUCAGAUGAAUAAAUUACAAAGUUGGAUGAUGCAGCAGUUGACUAAGACAGGUUGUUUAAUGUAUGCCAAAUCAUUGUAUACAUAGUGUUUAGUCUCUUUUGAAAGGCUAAUAUAAAAUUUUCUGCUGUCAGAUUUGGAGUGAACAACCAUUUUGCAUCUCUCUUUCAGGAUUCUUUCAAAUAUAAGUUUUCCCCAAAGUGGAAGCAACAGUUUAUGUGGUUAAUUAGCUGGGGGAUGAACUUUACCAGUCUCUACCCUGUCUGCUAUUUCUACUGUACAUUUAACUCUUUCUUUCCUGGGAAUUUUGAGAUCUUUCUUACAUAAUACUUUGGACUAUAGCUGGCUAUUUUGAAAAGGAAAGAAUUAGUUACCGUUUUUAUAGAAAGCCUACAUACUUUAUUUUUCAAAGCCUUUCACUGAUUGAAUCAUUUUCAUUUGCUGCUUAAGAAACCAAAGGUCCUUAUGCUGUAAAUGUGAGCUGUAUUUUGUUAAAUUAUAUUUCCAAUUUUAAGCUGUAAUACUGUUAAAUGUAUCUUAAGAACUUUGUAUUAUAGCUGCUGCCUUAGUACUUUUGUUUUGUAUCUCUGGGACCAGUGAUAAAAUUGUGUUGUUGUUUUUAAAAAAGAAAAACACACACAACACUUGUGUUAUUUAUGUUAUGUUAAUACUCUCACUGAAUAUGCUCAAUUAGCUACAUAACUGUGUGUAAAUUUAUGAAUAUUAAAUGUGUUAGGUUCCUUG